AUGUUUUUCAGGAAAAUGGAAAUCCCACCUCCUCCAACGUCUAAGUGCAUUAUUUACUGGAAAAGGAAAGUCAAGUCUGAAUAUAUGCGUCUUCGGCAACUCAAGAGGUUUCAGGCAAACAUGGGAGCGAAGGCUCUGUUUGUGGCCAAUUUUGCAAAGGUUCAAGAAAAAACUCAAAUUCUGAAUGACGACUGGAAGCAGCUUCGAGUUCAGCCAGUCCCGCUAAUGAAGCGUGGCAGUGGGCACCCCUUCCUGAAGCAGUGUACCGUCGAGAGCAAUUUCCCUGGAUUCCCGAACCAGACCAUCUUCAUGAGGUCCCUAAACACAGUAGCGUUGGUGCCUAUUAUGUAUUCCUGGUCCCCUCUUCAGCAGAAUUUCAUGGUGGAGGAUGAGACUGUGCUGUGCAAUAUCCCCUACAUGGGAGAUGAGGUGAAGGAGGAAGACGAAACCUUCAUUGAAGAGCUAAUUAAUAACUACGAUGGGAAAGUUCACGGCGAGGAAGAGAUGAUUACAGGGUCCGUCCUUAUCAGCGACGCUGUGUUUCUGGAGCUUGUUGACGCUCUGAAUCAGUACUCGGAUGAGGAAGAGGAAGGGCUGAAUGACUCCGAGGGUAAACAGGAGGAUGGGAAGGAGGAGCUGCCAGUCACAAGAAAAAGAAAGCGAACCACAAUGGAAGGCAACAAAAAGUGUGCAAAGAAGCAGUUCCCAAAUGACAUGAUCUUCAGUGCUAUUUCUUCAAUGUUUCCUGAGAACGGCUUCCCGGAAGACAUGAAAGAGCGGUACAGGGAACUUACUGAACAGUCGGAUCCGAACGUGCUGCCCCCCCAGUGCACUCCAAACAUUGAUGGGCCAUGUGCAAAGUCAGUCCAGCGAGAGCAGUCCCUGCACUCUUUCCAUACGCUCUUCUGCAGACGGUGCUUCAAAUAUGACUGUUUUCUGCAUCCUUUCCAUGCGACUCCUAAUGUCUAUAAACGGAAGAACAGAGAGAUCAAGAUCGAGCCAGAUCCCUGCGGGACAGACUGUUUCCUCUGGCUGGAGGGAGCCAAGGAGUUUGCAGUGCUGCACAAUCCCAGGUCCAAAUGCUCAGGUCGGCGGCGCCGUAGGCACCAUGUGGUCAGUGCUUCCAGCUCAAACCCCUCGUCCUCCUCCAUCGCUGAGACGAGGGAGGGAGACAGCGACAGAGACACAGGCAACGACUGGGCCUCGAGUUCCUCAGAGGCCAACUCCCGAAGCCAGACCCCCACCAAGCAGAAGGGCAGCCCUGCCUCCUCCCAGCUCUUUGUGAUGGAAGCGCCGCAGGAACCCGUCGAGUGGACGGGGGCCGAGGAGUCGCUCUUCCGCGUGCUCCACGGCACCUACUUCAACAACUUCUGCUCGAUAGCCAGGCUGCUGGGAACGAAAACCUGCAAGCAGGUCUUCCAGUUUGCGGUGAAAGAAUCCCUUAUAAUGAAACUGCCGACCAGCGAGCUCAUGAAUCCGUCCCAGAAGAAGAAACGGAAGCACAGGCUGUGGGCUGCGCACUGCAGGAAGAUCCAGCUGAAGAAAGAUAAUUCACCUACCCAGGUGUACAACUACCAGCCCUGCGACCACCCCGACCACCCCUGCGACAGCUCCUGCCCCUGCAUCAUGACUCAGAAUUUCUGUGAAAAGUUCUGCCAGUGCAAUCCUGACUGUAAGGACACAGCUGGGCACAAAGCCAGGCACCCUGCUACCUGCACAGAGGCGCUAGCGGGACGUUACCGCAGCUCCCUCGCGUUCCCGCCUCCAGGCAGCUUACGCAGGGUGGCUGGAAUCUAAGUGCACGAGGCCUGGCUAGCAGUCUGCCCAAGUCAGGGGAAGUGGUGUGUUCUGUGGUAAAUCGUGGGCUGUCAGCGGGGAAUGACACUUCCAUAGUGAAACUCACAUCUGCACCUUCGUGUGCA